CAAUCAUGUUGUUUUCGUGUUUGUAUGUUUUGUACACAUGAAGCAAAAGUCCGAGAGCUAUUCUGUAAUUAAUUAAUAAUAACGUUGCGGCAUUCUUCUGAGUCCGUUCGAGUACUGCGCACCGCACGGUUGUGGUGAUGGACGUGACGCGCGCGUGUCGCUGCUGCCUGUGGCGUCCUCCGGACAAGGACCUGACGACGCCGUACACACUUUUUGGGAAAACUGAAAUAUAUGCCGACAUGAUCAAAGAGUGCUUCGGUUUAUAUUUGGCACUGGAUGGCUCGGGCUCGUGCGGCAUCUGCUCUGCGUGCGUGGGCCGCCUGCGAGACGCGAGCGACUUCAAGCUGCAAGUGCAGCGCAGCCAGGCGGAGCUGCAGGCGCGCACGCAGGGAGAGAACAUCAAAGAGGAAGAAUCUGCAGUUGAGCCAGAGACUCCUGUAAUCCUGGAGGAAGGUGGGAGCAGUGAGCCUGGACCGGAGGAAGAAUCUGCAGUUGAGCCAGAGACUCCUGUAAUCCUGGAGGAAGGUGGGAACAGUGAGCCUGGACCGGAUGAAGAGCUCCGAAUCACACCGGACGUUGCGGACGAAGACGCGACGAGUGACGACAUGGCGCUGGAGGCGCGGACAGCCGAGGCGGAGGUGUCGGACGCGGCGAGAGGCGAGGACCGCGUGUCGGCGUGUUCGAACACCAUCGCCGCCCGCGCCCGGGAACAACUUGCGAUGGCUUGUUCCGUGGUGCUCAAGCGCCUCCGCGGCGACGAGACUGCUCACACUGGAGGCAAACCAUACGCAUGCGAACACUGUGGCGAACGUUUCAGAAACAAGUUUAGUCUAAGGAAACACACACGAAUCGCACAUCUGUCGACAGGGCCAUUUUCAUGUGAUUUUUGUAAUUCUACUUUUCAAACUAAAUUGCUUGUAGUAGAACACGUGAAAAGCGAACAUGGUGUUUCGAAUUUUAUGUGCGCUGAUUGUGAUUAUACAACGAGUUCCAAGAAAACUCUGGAGAUCCAUUUGAAGAGUCACUUAUUAGAAAAUAACUUCAAUUGUAGUCACCGCAGUUACAAAAGUCUGUCUAAAAGUGAUUUACUCGAACACCAAACAAUGCAAAUUGCUGACAAAUAUUUCAUGUGUAACCAGUGUGACUACAAAUGCAGUCAACAGUCAAGUUUACGUAAUCACCAGGCGACUCAUACUGGGGUCAAGUUAUUUGAAUGCAGCCACUGUGAUUAUAAGAGCUGUCAUAAAUCACACUUGAUAGUACAUAAAAGAUUACACACUGGCGAGAAACCUUACAAAUGUAGUAAUUGUGGCUACAGAUGCAGUGACAGCUCAAACUUACGGAAACACGAAAUGAGACAUACCGGCGAGAAGCUGUUUCGGUGUAGCCAAUGUGAUUACAAAUGCAAUUUUAAACAACGCUUGAAAAUACACGAAAGAAUACAUACUGGCGAAAAGCCUUAUCAGUGUAGUUACUGUGUUUAUAAAUGCAGUUAUAUAGCAAGCUUACGAAGACACUUGACGAUACAUACCGGGACGGAGCUUUUUGUAUGUAGCCACUGUGACUACAAGACCAAUGAUAAAGUAUCCAUAAAAAGUCACCAAGAACUACACAUCGGGAAAAAGCCUCUUCAAUGCAGCCACUGUCACUACAAAUGCACUUAUAAAUCAACUUUACGAAGACACCUGAUAACACAUAGCGGGGUGAAGCGAUUCCAAUGUAGCAUCUGUGACUACAAGAGCAAUAAUAAAACACACAUAAAAAUCCACCAGGUGAUACACACCGGAGAAAAGCCUUACAAAUGUAGCAGUUGUGAUUACAAAUGUAAUCAGAUAUCUAACUUACGAGGUCACCAGAAGAAGCGUAAACAUACUGAGUCGAAGCCUAACCAGUAGCGACAGAGAGUACUAGUGCGGCCUGGAGACACAGUUUUGAAAAACACCGCGGAGGGGUUGUCGCCUGUUGACCUGAAUCGGAAACUUGCAGUUUAUUCUUAACAUUAUGCUUUAUAGUUACAAGCAGGGACUUCUGUGCUGCCCCCUGCAGAUAACGCGCGCUCCCUUGUACUAAUGCAAUCAUAGUAAUUAAGCCAGUAAAUUUAUACCUACAUCCAUACUAAUAUUAUAAAUAGGAAAGUGCGUGUGUUUGUUUGUUUGUCCGUCCUUCACGGCAAAACGGAGCGACGAAUUGACGUGAUUUUUUAAGUGGAGAUAGUUGAAGGGAUGGAGAGUGACAUAGACUACUUUAUAUCUCUUUCUGACGCCAGCGAAGCCGCGGUCAAAAGCUAGUGUUUUAUAAAACAAUAUACUUAGAAAUGAGAUGUGUAGGUGCAGUUUAUGGACGAGUCAGACAACUGAUGUAUUUUCUGAAAUAAAAAUAAAUAAUUCA